AUGGAGCGGAGGAAGCUCCCGGACGUCACCACGGGCCGAGGCCGCAGCAGCCCGCCGCGCACCGCCCUCGGCCGGCCCCGCCCCCCGUGCGGCGAGGCAGGAAGGCACACGCUCCGAGACUGCGGCCUGACGGUCGCGCCCGCGACCCGCGUCCGCUACAGCGACGCGGACAGACGAGGCGCGGACGGCGGGGCCGCCGCCGAGCUGGGCGCCGCGCUGCGCGGAGCCGCCUCGGCGGCCGACCGCUCCGCGGGGGCCGCCUGCGAGCCCUCCAAGGGCCCCGCCGCGUGCCCCACGGCGCCGCCGAGCGCGGUGGCCGCAGGGCGCCCGUGCCAGGCCCCACGGGCCACCCCUCUGCUGCCGGAGCGCGUCCUGCUGGAUGUGCAGCUCGAGUGGGUGAGCUUGUUGCCGCUCCUGUGCGCGUGGACGUCCCGUGCGUUCUACGGCGCCGCCCUCGCCGGCGAGCAGGGGUCCCGGGGGAGGGGUCCGUCGCCGGCCGCGGAGCCGCAGCCGCAGGAGAAGCACCGCCGCGCGCUGCUGCCAGCCCUGCCCCCGGUGGCCCGGCGCUUGCUGCCCCGGAGCAACUCCCAGGGCCGCGACCCCGCGGAGGCGGCCGCCGCGGCCGCCGCUGCAGGCGCAGCGGCGAGAGACCGCGUCGGCUGCUGGGGGAGCAGCGGCCGCGCCGACUCCGCCAAGAGGGCGCCGCGCAGCUCCGUGUCCGCGCCCCCGCCCGCGGAGCGACGGCCGGGCCUGGGCGCGGAGCGGCCGCCGGGCCCCGCGGCCGCCGGCGCGGCCAGCAGCGGCCGCGCCGCACCCGAGAGAUCGGCGCGGUUUCCACCAGCGCUGCCCGGAGCCGCGCGCCCCGCGAGGCCGUGGCGGCGGCCGAAGAGCUCCAGCAGCCCCCCCAAGUGCAGGCAGGGCUACCCCGCCGCGGCCGGCGCGCUACUGUCGCGGGCCGCGGUUGCUGUUUCAGGCAGAGGCAAAGCGUGGUCUGCCUCCGCGAGGACCGCGGCAGCGCUGGGCGCUCUGGCUUCGGAGGCCGCAGAAGCUGCCGAGGCCGCAGACGGCCAGCUGCCAGUGGCCGCGCCCGAGGCCACGGCGACGGCCGGAGAAGGCGCUGACCUCCAACCAGCGGCGGCCAUGGCCGACGGAGGGGCGGCAGCGGAACGAAGCGAGGAGUCUGUUUCGGCGGCGGCCGGGCUUGGGGCCCGCAUGCGCCGCGGCGCCAGCGAGGACAGCAAGGCUUCGGACCGCGUCUCGUGGGGUUCCGCAUCGGCGGCGUCGCCCUGCCCCCCGCGGUCGCCGCCGCUGUCCCCGCUGGGCACGGGGCAGACCCACAUGAGGAGCAAGAGGCCCCUCGGCCUCCGCAACCUGGGGAACACGUGCUUCCUGAACGCGGCUCUUCAGGCGUUGGCGCACGCGCCUCUGUUGGCGCCCUUCUUCCUGCACGGGCUCUUCGUCAAGGACCUGAAUGCUGCCAACCCGCUGGGCACCGGCGCUGAGGUGGCGACGGCCUUCGCGGAACUUCUGCAGAGGCCCGAGGGGUUGCUGGAGAUUCGUUGGUCCUUGUCGAAACUCGACGCCUCAGCCCAGACGUGGACUUGUCCGGCUGUGAAUUGGGACUGCAUCGGGACCGAGGUGGUGGAAUUGCGCACCUAUGUGGACGACACCAAGCGUAGCCUCCUCGAGGCGAUCGCAGGCAUCCAGUCUAGUGUCGCCGCCCUCGCUAACACGGUCAAUACUUCAUGUUCUACACUCUCCCGUCAAGUCGAAUCCCGUCUCGCCAGCGUUGAAGGCAUGCAGAAGAAGACGGACACCAGGGUCGAUCAGAUGGAGCGCAAGAUUCAGGAGUUGCAGACCAUUUUGGGUGUUAUGCAGUCAGAAGCCCCACCGACCCCAUCGAUCACGCAGUCAGCUUCAUUCGAUAGGCCGCCAGUAUCAGCCACCAUCGUCGCCAGGACCAGAACGAACACGGCCAAGCAGAACAUCCUCCCUGCGCUGCGGAACUGGCUGCUCAGGGCCACGCUCUCUCCUGAGGACAUCCAGCUCGAAGCAGAACCCGUCGCUCGUCGAUUCCAGAUUCGUAUCAAGGGCUCAGCUCAGUAUGCCGCUCGGAAGGUCGCCAUGGCUCUCUCAGUGUUGCGAACGGGACCGCAGUCAUGGGAACGGUUCCACACUAACGACAUCGAUGGGGUGCCUGUCGAGAUCCAUGUCUCGGCCGACAAGUCCGCAUGCCAAGUCAAGAAGGAGUUGCUGCUCAAACAGAUCCGCCGAGAGGUCGAGCAGAUCCAUGGUGAACAUAGGGUCUUCGCGAACAAGGAGAGAGGCGAGCUGUCAGCGCAGUGGAAGCCGAUCCUCCGAGUCGAGCCCGUCCAGAACGAUAGACCCAAUAUCGAGUGGGCGAUGGACCACGUCAUGUCGCUCGGCAUCGACCGCCAGAGGAUCGAGGCCGCCAUCGAGCCCUUCCUGCAGGGCCCAGCACCCGUCCUGUGGAGUGCUGUUGUCAGCGUUCAGGAGACAGGAGGGUCCCCGACCGAACUCCAGGAUUUCCUCUGCCACUUACACCGGCCAGUUCAAGCUUUCCACUCUUUCUUCCCUGCCUUCCCUCGCCCCGCGGGCGGCGUCAUCGCGUUCCUUCCCGACUUCUCCGACAGCCAUCCCCAGGAUAUCCCAGAGGUUACCCCCGAGGUCCUGGUCACUGGCAGAGUUUUGAAAAUCACGAUCAAGUUUGCGAACAACGUCGAGUUACGGCACUACAAUAUUCAUAACUACGGACUCGAGGCCUCCGAGAGGGACUCCAUCUUAGCCAAGUGUUUCCAAUCGCUCGUGGAGUCCUCAGUGGUGGAACCCGCGCAUUAUUGUGCGGCCACCGACAUGUUUGCGGCUGUGGACCGCACUGUAACGUCGCUGCCAGGUUGGGCGCUGACACAGCUCGCCGCCACAGCCCAGGCGACGCUCGUGCCCAACUUCAGGCUGCUGGUUCUGACCGAGAGCGAGCUAAACUUCGCAGGAAACUCCGAGGGCUUCAGAGACGGGGGCGGAUUUGGGGCCAGUUUAGUCGGCGUUUGUGUCUCCGGGGACUUCAAUUGGCCGACCGUGUUGUUCAAGAACCCGCUCAGAGCUGACAUGUUCAAUCUCCACGCGUGGAACGGCCCUCGCUUCCAGAGCGCUCUAAUUCAAAAUUUGGCGUUAUUGAUGCGGGCCGCCAUCGAGACCUUCCCGCGCUGGCUCGAAUUUUACGCUGUGCUGAAGCGUCGGCCAGCCCCGACGGAGUCAGCCAAACGGCUGCUUUCGGCAUGGUGCCGCAAAUUCGUGCUGCGCUACAACGCGUGGCAGCACCUCAGGCCGAGUGACGUGCAGGCAGCGGGUGCCUUCGGUGGCGGUGGCCAGGGCCAGGGCAAGGGCGGAAGCAAGGAGUCCUACGCCCAGAUCGUCUCACAGUCCGCGGCCGCGGCCCACGUCAUCUGCCGCGGCUGCGGCCACGAGUGGACGUGCACGGACCGUGAGACGUGGCUGCGAGUGCGGCGAGCUGGCCCCGCCCUGCAGCGCCCGAAGGCCCAGGCGCAGCCCCAGGCCAAGCCUGUCGCGGCGGCGUUGGCAAAGCAGCCCCCAGGUGCUGUGUGCAAGCACUGCCCGCUGGUUGGGGAGUGCCGCGGAACCCAGCAGGACGCCCACGAGGUGAUGAGCUUCUUGCUCGACGCGCUGCAUGAGGACCUCAACCGCACGAGGAGCUUGACCAAGCCGCCGUACAUCGAGCGGAAGGAAGUCGCAGAGGAGGAUGUGGCGCGCAAGGGCGAGGAGCGCUUCGCCGCCGAGGCCUGGCGCGACCACCUCGUGCGCCACCGCUCCGUGCUUGUGGACCUUUGCCAAGGGCAGCUUCGCUCGCAGCUGCGCUGCACCGAGUGCGGCUUGACCUCGGUCACCUUCGACCCCUUCCUGUUCCUCUCCCUGCCGCUGCCCCCUGGGCUGACGAGGGGCCAGAAGGAGCCCAUCGAGGCGCCGCGAGCCUUACCGGCCAGGAACGCCUCGAGGGCCAGGACUGCUGGCAGUGCCCGCGCUGCCAGCGCCGCGUGUGCGCGCAGAAGCGGCUGUCGCCCUGGAAGUUGCCGCUGCUCUUGUUGA